AUGGCAGCUCCUCAAUAUAACGCCAUUGAGGACUAUGGUCUGAUUGGAGAUAUGCAUACGUGUGCCCUCAUCAGCAAGGCUGGUAGCUUGGAUUAUAUGUGUUGGCCGGUAUUCGACUCCCCCUCGGUAUUCUGUCGUCUGUUAGAUGACAAGAUCGGUGGAUUUUGGUCGGUGGCGCCUUACAAAACCGUCGUCGACCCUCAUAGCAAACAGCGAUACCUGCCCUAUUCAAAUCUGCUCGAAACUCGCUGGACUAAUGAAGACGGUGUCGUCAUAAUGCUGGACUACUUUCCCGUCACGCCCAAGAAGAGCUCCCACUCGGGCCGUAUGCUCUCGGGUUACUGUCCUUGCAAUGAACCUGGAGCUAAUCGCUUCAAAUCUGGGCUGCAGCAUUCGGGUCUCAUCAGGAAAUUGGAAUGCAGUCGUGGCUUCAUGGAAUUGAAAGUCGAACUGUUCCCUGCUUUUAACUAUGCCAGGGACAAUCACAAUACCCGUGCAAAAUUGGAGAACGAUAUGUCCAAGCACCGACUUCAGACUGUCCACUUUGAGAGUGAUACAGAGCGACUGCAAUUUGAGAUCUUCGCCGACUCACGAGAACCGGAAAAGAAUGGAUUUCCCGAGGCGAGAUUCACCUUGGAAGAACGUCCAGGGAUGAAAGGCAAGGGUAUGGUUGCCUGGCUUCGUCUCUCCGAGGGACAAACGGUACACCUUGUGCUGCACAGUCCCGAAAAGGCUGUCCCGAGCCGUGCAACAAUGGCUGCCUACUUUGCUAGAAUGGAGGAGGAGACCUCCGAUUACUGGACGGAUUGGACCCGCAAAUGCGCAUUUCGAGGACACUACCGCGAAACCGUUGAGCGCAGCCUGCUCAUCUUGAAGCUGCUUACCUAUAAACCGACCGGUGCAAUUGUCGCAGCACCCACCUUCUCGCUUCCUGAAAAUGUGGGCGGCUCACGCAAUUGGGACUAUCGGUACUCCUGGGUGCGCGACACGGCUUUCACACUUUACGUCUUCCUCAAAAUGGGAUACAGCCGCGAGGCGGAAGCCUACGUCAACUUUAUCUUCGACCGGAUCUUCCCGCAUGCUGCCAAGGAAAUGGAGGCAGGUAGCAAACGGCCUUUUCUACCACUGAUGUUUACCAUCCGUGGCGAGUGCGACAUUCCCGAAGUGGAGCUGGAUCAUCUCGAUGGAUACAAGGGUAGCAGGCCUGUGCGAAUCGGAAACGCAGCCGUCUUCCACACGCAGCUGGACAUCUAUGGCGAACUGCUCGACAGCAUCUACCUCUAUAACAAACAUGGAAACCCUAUCACCUACGACCAGUGGGGUUCGAUCCGCCGCAUGGUGAAUUAUGUCAUUGGCGUGCGCGACCAGAAGGACAUGUCUAUUUGGGAAUCUCGUGGCCAGAUCCAAAACUUCAUUUAUUCCAAAGUGAUGUUGUGGGUGGCUCUGGACCGUGGCAUUCGUCUUGCAGAGAAACGAGCCAGCCUGCCCUGCCCUGAUCGCUUCAAGUGGAUCCAGGUACGCGACGAACUGUACGAUGAGAUCAUGGAAAGGGGAUACAAUAAGGAACGUGGUCAUUUCUGUCAAAGCUAUGAGAGCCCUGAGGUUCUAGAUGCGUCGAUUCUGAUUGCUCCCCUAGUAUUCUUUGUUGCACCGAAUGAUCCCCGCUUCAUCAGCACUCUGAAGAUGAUCCUGAAAAGUCCCGAGAAAGAGGGACUCUCCAGCGCCAAAAUGGUUUUCCGAUACGACCAUGUGAAGGCAAAUGACGGUGUGGGUGGAGGUGAGGGUGCCUUUAUCAUGGUUACUUUCUGGCUCGUUGAGGCCAUGGCCCGGGCUGCCGCUUUCGAUGUCCCCAUUCCGAACAUCUGGAAACUUGCACUCUCGCACUUUGACAAUAUUUUGUCGUACUCUAAUCACCUUGGGAUGUUUUCUGAAGAAGUGGCUAUUUCAGGUGAGCAGAUGGGAAAUACACCCCAGGCCUUUAGCCAUUUGGCUUGUAUAAGCGCGGCUAUCAACUUGGAGAAACUUGGUCAUUCGGGUGCUUAG